UCCCACUCUUGCUGGUACAGAGGCCUUGGUGCAGCUGUGCCCAGAAAAGAGGAGGACAAACACUGUGCUUGUGGAACUACUUCAGCUCUUCACAGAGGAAAAGCUUCCUGCCAAAAUGCCAGCUGCAAUGCCAUCCUGCUCUGCUGACUCAGACUGGGGCUUUAUCACCAUGAAUCUACUGCUGUAACAUCAGUGAACAAAACACACAUUUCCUUGAGCAGAGAAAAUCUUGAUUCCCAUUUUUAUUAUCCUUUACUACCUUGUGAAAUCAAGGGGCUUUGCUGCUGUCAUGCAGCUGCCCAGCCCCUCCUGCGCAAGCCACCUCACGCUCCCGCAAGCCCAGACGAGGGGCAAAGCAGCAGGAGAAGCAGAAGACAACCACAAGCCACUGGGGUUAAAGCAGCCAGAAGGACCUCGAGGCAGAGGGUGAUGGUCAUAUAGACUAUACCUAUGCAUUUCACCUCCAGGUGUCUUUGAAGUCCUGCAUGGCUCCAGAGAUCCAGGAGUAUCCAGAGAUCCUGCCUGGAUCCAGGAGGUUUCUGCUGUGUUCCUUGGCAUAGAACUUUCCAAAGCCAUUCAGACCACCUGGCACAAGGACAGCCAUGGGCAACAGCCCUGGAGGUUUCCAGGGAAGCUGUAAGGAUGUUCUGAAUCUUCUCUGGUACAGAACAAAGGAAUGUGGAUUCUUCAAACUGUACUUUAAAAAUCAACUUACAGUACUAGUAAAAAGAUGAUAAAGCUAGAUGCUAAUCUUUACAUCAAUCAGGUCACUAUGCCUGGAGCUCAUUUGCCUUGCAAAUAGUCUAUUGUUACAUGCUGUGUCCCUUCCUACUCAAAUUACUAACUCCACCCCAAAAAAGAACUUCUGUUGAAACUUCUGUAGAAGAGACAGAUCCUGCUCCUGAAACCAUGGGGCCUGUCAGCUACUCAUCAGAGACCUAUGAUUUGAGCCAGGUGGAACUGAGUGGGUACUACGAAGCUGAGAACACCACCCCUUCUUUGGAGGGCUACUUUUGCUUCAACCCAGCCUCAUCAGUGGUUGGCAACCAGAGAGACCCCUUCAGAAAGGUCUUCAUGCCCCUCAUCUAUCUGCUGAUGUUCAUGUUGGGGACUGUAGGCAAUGCUCUGGUCCUGGUCAUUUUAGAGAGGUUCAAGCGGUCUCGCACCACCACGGAAAACUUCCUUUUCCAUCUCACCCUGGCCAACCUGGCACUGUUGCUUACCUUCCCGUUCAGCGUGGUAGAGAGCUUGGCUGGGUGGGUAUUUGGGAAGUUCCUCUGCAAGAUACUCAGUGCUGUCCACAAGAUCAAUUUCUACUGCAGUAGCAUGCUGCUGGGGUGCAUCGCGGUGGACCGUUACCUGGCCAUCGUCUAUGCAAUCCACACCUACCGCAAACGCAGAGCUCAUUCCAUCCAUCUCACCUGCACGGCUGUCUGGCUCUGCUCACUGCUUCUGACUUUACCCGAUCUCAUCUUCAUGGAAGUCUGGACAGACGACAGCAACCGCAGCAUUUGCUAUUUUCCAGAGGUUGGGAUCGAUGGCAACAAUGCCUGGCUGGCAACUCGCUUCCUCUACCACACUGUGGGCUUCUUUGUGCCCCUGCUGGUCAUGUGUUACUGCUACAUGGCCAUUGUCCGGGUGCUCUGUCAGUCCCAGCGCCUGCAGAGGCAGAAAGCUGUCCGUGUGGCCAUCCUGGUGACAGGAAUCUUCCUGCUCUGCUGGAGCCCGUACCACAUCGUCAUCUUCCUGAACACACUUACCAAGCUAGAAGCCUUCACCAAGAACUGCCUCCUGGAAGACCAGCUGGACACAGCCAUCAUGGUGACAGAGGCCAUUGGCUUCACACACUGCUGCCUCAACCCCAUCCUCUACGCCUUCAUUGGAGUCAAGUUCCGUAAUGACUUCUUCCGGAUCCUGCAGGAGCUUGGCUGCAUAAGCCAGGAGACCCUGCAGGAGAUCCUGGAGGUGACAAGGAAGGGUAGUGGGAUUGAUUCCGACAACACCACCUCCAUCUCCACCUUCUAGCUGGAAAAGGCUGCCUGCAGGACAGAACUGGCCUAGGGCUUUCCUUCCUAGUGGCGUACUUGCUGUGGUCUCAGUUACAAGUUUCACAAGCAUCCCCACCACUUUUCUUUGCUCCUCAGGAAACAGGUCCAAUAGCCACCGAACACCCGAAUCCCAUCAGAUACCUUGCCUGGCUCCUCCUGGUUCUUGUACCUGUAGAGAUCUGCCUGGCAGCUGUUGGUGAAUGCUGGCUGUCCAGUGGUCACUCUCAUGGGGCUGGAUGAACCCAAGUGGGUUGAACUGACACUCCCACCUCUCCCUCAAAACGGUGACUGCAGGCAUCCUGUGCAUGAAGCCAGGCACAAGACUGGGGUGCCAGGGGCAAGGAAAAAAGUGCAGCUAACUAAGCUAAGCAAGUUUCCAUUUCAUUAGCUCAGGUUGGUACAGACGUACCCAAAGGAAGCAGCAGGACUCAUUGGCCACAGCAACUGGAAAGACAGAUGCAGGUAGGACUGAUGGGGGCUGUAGAGCUCAAUCGCAUAGCAUGGGCAUACAGUGCUGAACACUCUCUGACUGCAACAUUGUCCUCCUGCUGCAUGACAUCCCCCCCAGCCAGCCAUGACACAUUCACCUGCCCGACACAGCUCAUGCCAGCAGGUCCUCCCACAGACUAACAGAUUUGACUGUCACAGACUCCUUUCCUGACACCAGUUGCAUCUUUCCCCACUCAUUUGAUCUGUUUUACUGCUGUUAAGAUCUUCUGUGAAUGGCUGCUGGACUGAAUGCCUGACUAUGCAAAAGUUUUCCUUUAAGGAAAAACACCAUUUGAAGAGAUGGCUUCUGUCUUGUGACUCUACACAGGGGACAGAAACCACACCGCUUUGUAAGUCUGAAGGUGUAACUUUUUCUUUCAGCUUACUGUACGGCAAUUUGUGGGUUCUGAGAGCAAGGAGACCCACUGCCCCAAAGUAAGGAAAAGAGCUCGUUUGCAUAAUUUCUCUUUGUUUUUAGCGAGGCGAGAGGAAAUGCAGCAUUUUGCUUUGCACUGUGCUUUCUGAUAUUUUUCCUCCACCUGCAUCAACAGGGCUUUCAGAGAUUAAGUGCAUCCAGGUGUAUAGAGAAAAACCUGGGUGGUGAUCUUCCCCUGAACUGCAGCUGAACUUCACUAUACCCAAGGGCCCUUCUAAAAAGACCAGGCAUUAUGGAAGGGGUUACGUUACCUCAGUCUGGCUCAGGUAGAGAUCUCAAUAGCUCGUUCUCAAAUUGUGACUUCAGGAGAAAACUCACCAAGUAUAAGGCAGUCCAUCAUUUCCUGCAUUGCUGCAUCUUCAAAGAUGAAACCUGCAAAUAAUGGUGACUGUAAUUGUUCGAGCAUGUACAUGCAGCAGAGGAAGAGCAGCUCUCUUUAGCCUGUUCUCGUGUUCUCCAUGGUUGUACCAGUGAGCAGACCCAUUGCAGAUGCAUUGUAAACACCUCCCCAGCAGGUUCUGAUGAAACUGUGUUUCUACAUACAUAAAACUGUUACUGAAGAAAUGAACAGUCAGAGUUUAAAAUUCUUACAGUGGUCACAAAGUAAAAAGAAAAUCUGCACACAAAGGAAGAGUGAACAGAUUGAUUACACAUCUAUUGUUACUAUAGUUUUUAGUACUGGUAUGUACAAACCUUUAGAAAUG